GCACCCGCGCACGCGGAGAGCGGCCGCCAGAGAGCGCGCGCUCGGCUGGCCCCGGGCUUGGCCAUGGGGGCGGCGGCGGCCGAGGCGAACCGGACGCUCUUCGUGGGCAACCUGGACCCCAAGGUCACCGAGGAGCUCAUCUUCGAACUCUUCCACCAGGCGGGGCCCGUGAUCACCGUGAAGAUCCCGAAGGACCGGGACGGACGACCCAAGCAGUUCGCCUUCGUCAAUUUCAAGCACGAGGAGUCGGUGCCGUACGGGCUGCAGCUGCUCAACGGGAUCAAGCUGUACGGGCGGCCCAUGCGCAUCCAGUUCCGAUCAGGGAGCAGUCAUGCAGCCCAGGACACCAGUCUAUCCUGUUCCCCCCUCGGAGCUGCUGGUGCCAUCCCUCCUGGAAUGCCACAUCCAGCCUCCAACUGCAGCAGAUACGAGAGGGUUACCGAGGGGUUCCCGCCGAGCCUGCAGAGACAAGCGGUGAUGAACAGCAUGGCACGGCAGCAGCCCCAUUUCGGCAGCAAGUACGAGCAGCCCAACUUCGCCCCUCCCGCCUACCCUCCCGCCUUCCACGCCCCGCCACUGGGCUCCCCUUUGCCGCGGCGCCCCGAGGGGCCAGCGCUGCGCAAGGGCCGGCUGGGCGCCCACCCCUACCCGCCGGACAGCCGGCACUUCGGCCGGGAGCGCUUCGGCCCCGACUACGGCCGCGGCAAGCGGGACGACUACGGCUUCGACGAGAGGGGCCACGACGCCGAGCACCACUACCGGGGCGAGCCCUAUGACGACAGGCACCGGGACGGCUGGAGCCACGACUACGACCACCGCAGGGAGAGCUACAGGGAGGCCAAGUGGCACCCGUCGCGGCACUGACGGACUCUGAGCGCAAAGCAAACGCGACCCGUUUCUUACUGAGUACAUGUAUAAAAUGCCUUCCCCGCAAAAAACCCCCCAGUGAAAAAAAACCUUUUAGUGUUUGUAAAAAUAUCAGCAGCCCAGUCCUGCCAAAC